UGCUGGCGACCGCGCGACGCUUGGCUGUGCGUCCCAGGCAGUCGGGCCAGCGCCGCAGACACAGCCUCGCGUUCCGAGCAGACGCUGUUCCCUUCUGGAAGGGCUCUGGGGGCUCGCGACUGACUGCUCCUCAGCAAACUAGAGGGAAGAGGAGCUGGUUUGAAGGAAAGGAGGAAGUAGAUUUGGAAAAGGAUUGGCUCCUCCUUAUAACUGAUGCCUGAAGGGGGUGAGAUAGAUGGUGGCCAAAUAAAUGGAAGGGAGAGGAUCUCAUUUGGAGUAACGAGGAUUUCUGGAUGAGCCGACGAUGUGUCCUGCAACUGUCGAGUUGGCAGGAGAUUUGACUCUAUCAACUGCUGUUUGGUUCCCACUUCAAACGCACCUCCCCCCAGCUUGUGUUCUGACCGACUCCGGAGACUUGGGUUGGGUGCGAGCAGAGCAAGAAAGAAUCAAAAGUCAGCCUUCCUUUGGUCUCUGCUUGUGGCAGAUGCACAGCUGGCUUGGUUCUGAGCAGGCCAAAUGUUUGUGAAGAACAGAAACUGAUGGUGGUGGGACUUGCACACCCAUGUGUCCAAGCAUCCACACACACCGUCAAGACCUGGAAACGGCUGCACGGGCCCAAGAUGGUGUGUGGGUUAUGAAGGAAGGACCUGGUCUUACACUGUCUACAGACAAGGAUACAGCAUGGAGCAGCAGACCAUCUACAGGCGCUGCCCUGGUUGGAGCUGGCGGGACAGUGAACCUGGCUGCCUCCGCUCUGUCUCUGCAAUGGGGACUUGUUUCAGUGGAAGGAGAUACUCAGAGGGUGAAGCCCAGCGGUGCCAGUGUUCCAAGGGUUUUCAGGGACCCCGAUGUCAAUAUGAUAACUUCUGUGCACAGACUGAUGGAGGACCAUGUGAAGCAACAAAGGAGUUUAGUCCUGAUGCAGUUACAGACGAUGUCAAUGAAUGUGCUGUGGUGAAUGGAGGCUGCCAGCAGCGCUGUAUUAACACUCUGGGCACCUUCCACUGUGAAUGUGAUACAGGAUACAGACUCCAUGCUGAUGGACGCACCUGCAUAAGUAAUGAAUUGCCAACUAUCACUGCUGAAUUGCUUUCAGAGGUGGACCCCUGCACGGGUAGGAAUGGAUAUGCCCACAUCUGUCAGAGUGAGAAUGGCUUGGCCAGGUGUGCCCGUCAUCCAGGGUACCAGCUGUCUGAAGACAAAAAGGCCUGUGCAGCCAUCAACAAGUGUGCUGAAGGGCUCGCUCCCUGUAGCCAUCGCUGUGUGAACACAGUGGGAUCUUUCAUGUGUGCCUGCCACCCUGGCUUUGAGCUGGGAGCUGAUGGAAAACAGUGUUAUAGUAAGUGGCAACAGUUGCAGCCCAGGAAAUGUGUGGCAUUUUACAAGUGUUAAACAACAGUAGUGAAGAAAAGAGCUGCACUGAAUAUCUUGCCAAAGCAGAAGCUCCUGAGAAUGUUUGCCACUGGGGUAGGGUCGGGUGGGAGCUGAGAAGGCCAACCUCUUUGUUUUAAUUUGAAGAUGCAAGGGUCCAGAGUCCAUCGAAAGUGGUUGGCAUCAUGAUCCACAGCGUGGACCGCAAGGGCUAAGUCUCAGGUCUUCCGGCUAGGGGCGCUCUUGGACCCAAGGCUCUCCUUUGUGAAGAGUCUGUCUUCCUUCACCACAUCUGCAAUGAAGUAUUUAUGGAACACUAGUAACUACGUUGUAAAACUCAGGGAGAAUGAACUAGUGGGAGAGAAGGAGCCAGCAGCACAAAGAGCAGCUCUAGAUUGUGGUACCGUGUCUCAUUUCCGGUCUCAGUUCCAAAGAUGCUCUUCCCAGUUCUCUACAUGUUAGUAAACCAUCCAUUCCAGGUCGAAGCCAAAAAUCCAAUCAUGCAAAAUCAGUAAGGGACUGAACUGAAACUGAACAAGGAUCUUUAGGUUCCAAAUA